AUGGGUGAAGGAGUUUUACAUAACGAAAACCAAGGUAAUACUACUUUCGUUAUAUCUUCAUCUCUUCCUACUUCUGUUCUUGACACCACUGUUUCAUUACCACCAUAUAUUGUUCCCAAUACAUCUCAAAAUCCUUCUUUUUCUCAUUCUCCUAUUUUUGGAAACAGUAUCCAACAACCUAUUACCUCUUUGUUUCCUUCCCAAUCCCCUGACGAACCACAAGCUGUUAAAGAAGAUGAAAUGGAUGAUGGUGGCGUUAUAGGAAAGCAGUUUAAAUUUUUGAAUAGGAAGCUAAACUCUUUACUUCAAUUGCAAGCUAAUGCUGGUGGUAAAAAUUUGAUAUGCGCUCUUGAUGUUGAUGUUAUGUUACAAGCUCAAGAGCAUUGUAUAUUGGAUAAGCUUAAUCGAAUGGACGAGUCUGCUGAGUUAUGGAUCAAAUCUCAACUUGAUUCUUUUAAUAGUGAAAUUCAUGAAUUGAAAGAAACUGCCAAGUCUCAACAUAUUCUUUUUGUUCAAGAUGUGAAGAUGUUGCUCUUUAUACUUCCUUGGGAGGUGAAAUUUGAUAAGAAAGCAGAGGUUGAUGCUAAUAGCUUUGGGAAUGUUGAAAACUUGGUGAAAGAGUUAAAGGAUCUUUUUUCGAAGUACGGUUCUUCAAAGUCUUCGGUUGUUUCUCCUGAGUCUUUUACUAAAAUUUUUCGCAUGUUAGAGGCAACAAUUCACGACGAUUUAGCGCCACUUGCAAAAUUUGUCAACCUUAUGCUAACAAAUGCACCGCCUGUGAGCAAAGGGGUGUAA